UUAAGAGUUCUGGUGAGAACACCGGACCCUUGUAAGCUCACAUCAGGAAGCCGGAGCGUGCGAGUUGCUGAUCUUGCGGAGCUGCCAGGGUUGCUUGAAGUUACAGCUGCAGGGUCAGUAGGGUGCGGUGAUCGCUGACGACAAUCCAAGUGGACCGCGUCGGCGCUGGUAUAAAAAAGCUGCCUUUAAUAUAGGUCUUAUGGUCAAAAAUGAUGCAAGAAACUUAGAGACAAGCGGAAAACCACAGGCGCACCUCUUUCGUUAUAAACAUCAUUUCUAGAUCCAAAACCAUUUGACCAAACCCUAAUUUUCAACGGAAUCUGAUACCGAUCUUCGCUGUUCCGUCUAAUCGUCGUCUGCUUAAAAGUAAAUCGUGGUUGCUUCAAUCGCCGUAUUUCCCUGGAGAUGGUAAUGUCCGGUGGAACAUCGUCCGGCCGCGGCCUUGGUGUGGAUCGAUUUUACUGUCCACCGGCUGUGAGAAGGCAACUCGAGCAGCAGAGGCAACAGCAGCAGCAGCAGGAGGCGACGCUGCAACGGCCGGUAAAGGCUAAGCCCAAGCCUGCCAGGCCGCAUUUUAUGGCGGCUGCCGCCAUAGAUAGGCCGGUUGUUGAGAAUGGAGCUGAAUCCGAUGAUUCUUCGAAACCAUCGCUGUCUUCUUCCUCCUCCUCAUCAUCGGCCUCUCAUUCUCCUUCCCCUUCUCCUCCUCCAAGGUCAAUGCCUCCAGUUGCGAACUUGGAUCGAUUUUUGGAGUACACAACUCCGAUGGUUACACCUCAGCACUUACACGUGAAAGGCAGGGGGUGGAGGACGUUCGAUGGUGUGGAAUUGCGUCCUUACUUCAGUCUUGGAGAUUUAUGGGAGUCGUUCAAAGAGUGGAGUGCUUAUGGUGCUGGAGUGCCAUUGGUGUUGAAUAGCGGGGAUUGCGUUGUACAGUACUAUGUUCCUUAUUUGUCUGCCAUCCAACUUUAUACGGACGCAUCCAGGACUACAUUGAGGUCAAGGCAACCUGGUGAGGAAAGCGAUGCUCGAAUGUAUCAGGGUACCAGCAGUGAUGUCAGCAGUGAGAGUGAAGCUGAACGAGCUGUUAGAAAGAGAAGGGAUUCUUCAACAACUACAAGCCAUAAAGAUCAGAGUGGUCUUGUUGGUGAAGAAAAUGGAGUUUGCCAGCAGACAAUGCUACCAGUUUUUGAGUAUCUGGAGCAUAAUCCUCCAUAUGGAAGAGAACCCUUGGCAGACAAGAUUUCACUACUUGCUAACAAGUUUCCUCAGCUAAAGACAUACAGGAGCUACGAUUUGCUUCCCACCAGUUGGUUCUCUGUUGCUUGGUAUCCAAUUUACAGGAUACCCACUGGACCAACAUUACGAGAUUUGGAUGCCUGCUUCUUGAGUUUCCAUACUUUAUCAACCCCGCUUAAAAAUUCAUGCAAUGGACAUUCUGAACUGAAUGAUAGUUGUAGAGUCAGGGAAGCUAAUGACUUUACCCAGAUAUCAGCUAAGUUAUCACUGCCUGUAUUGGGUCUAGCCUCAUACAAGCUCAAAGGUUCAAUUUGGACUAAUAGAAGUCUUUAUGAGCAGCAGCGUGCAAGUUCAUUAUUGCAAGAUGCUGAGAACUGGCUUCAGCUUCGUAAGGUGGAUCAUCCAGACUUCCGGUUCUUCCUCUCACAUUACAACACAAGUUAACUUCGAUGGAUUCUGUAAAUAUUUCCAUGAGGCACUAGUUUCAGGUCAUGUGCUGCCUUCAUUGUUUUGGCUAGUUAUAUCUAACAAUUUAUAACUUAUCUAGAUGUUUGAAUUUGUAUGUAGAUAACAAGAUAGACCAUUUUCUUCAUUUAGAAAAUUUAGAAGACAAUUUGGAUUGAUAAAAUCUUGUUUGAUUGAGAAAGGAAAAAUGCAGCUAUGCUUCCUGCGUGAGGCUAUGAAAGAAUAGUUUUAGAAAUGCUGUGGGCGAUAAUUGGGUAUCAACUCCAUUAGAUGAUUUUAUGUUAUGCUGCAUUGUGUUAUGAUGCUGACAGUUUCACAAAUUGAUCAUUUGGACAAAUUCUGAUGCCAAUUUUUAUUAGGUUCCAUGUUAUUAGGAACCUUGUUUUGUAUUGUUACGUGUAGAAGUUA